AUGAGGAGCAACCCAUUUCCCCAAUCACAACAACAUGGUACGUUGAAGAAAGAGAAGAGGGAAAAAAAGCUGUCCGAGAGCGAGUUGAAGGCUACACAGUUAAAAGAUGCCAUUCACAAACUCUCUUCGCUUCAAUCCACGGCUCGUGCUGAGUUAUACUUUGCAAAACAAGAAAUAGCUUGGGGAAGGCUUACGGCUGAGGACUUUGAUAGCUUUUUUGCCUUGCUACGGUCUAUCUUACUACCUCUUUCUGGUAUCGCUAUGCUUCCGGAUGUGUUUCGAAAAUUGACGAAGACUGUCGAGGCGGCAGAUGCAGCGGAAUUGCCCACGCAUGAUUGCGGCUACCAGCCAGUGGUUGGAGGACGUCCGCCUCUAAUGCCUAGUACGUCACAGUAUGAAAUGCCAGAAAUUACUGAGCACUUUGUGCAACCCCUUUGCAGCAGACUGGAAACCGCUGCAGACCUUGUACAGACCGGGUUUCAACAUGCUUUUGCGACUUUACGGAUAAACAAGAUACCCAAACGUCGCGAAACGUCUAACUCCCAGGACGAGGAAGCUCCUGACGAUAAAACUAUGCCUGGUAAUUCUCAUUUUGCUGCUGAAUUUGAACGGAGGCUAGAUGACUACUUUGCUCUUCGAAAACAUCUACCCGAAAAAUGGGCUUCUCUCACAGCAUUCGCCCCAUUCCACGAACGGGGAAGUAUGGCACAGGAGCCCCGUACCAUACAAAAAGAGUUUUUUGUCCUCCUCUUCAUUAGCCAUCUCCAAGAUGUCCUCCUCCAAGCAGUCCUGGAGCUGGUAUAUUUUGCAAACAGCAAAGUUGCCGAUGGGACGAUGAAAUCAAAGAAACUUCUGUUCCCCAAACGGGAACACAUAAAGCAGUGGUUUUUUUCUAGUGAUCCAGAAGAAAAAGAAAACGACAACAAAGAUGGCCCGGCUAGCGAAGAGAGAGAGACAAGGGGCAACCGUCCCUUCGAAGCUCACGAUCCGUUAAAAUCUCGAUAUCCUGACCCGGAGCAUAUGCCACCCACAAAUGCCUGGCAGCGAAUCGGCAGUGGGCUCCGCACGAUAUCUCAUUUCCUUAGCUCCGAACAAAGCUCCUUUGGAGUUCGAGUUGCAAUUGCUGCAUUCUGCGCUGUGAUUCUUGCAUAUUUGCAACAGACCCAGAGAUUCUUUUUCCAAGCUCGGGUUAUCUGGGUUGUGAUCGUCAUCCUUAUUGGGAUGAAUCCCACAAGCGGGAAUUCUCUUUUUGGCUUGAUGGGUCGAUUCGUGGCGACUAUAUUGGCGACGAUCCUUGCUCUUGUCGUCUGGUAUAUAGUCAACGGGAAAACAGCGGGUGUUAUUGUGUUGGCCUACAUUGCCAACUGUCUCCUGAAUUAUCCGUAUCUCAAGAAUCCCCGCUUUGUCCCUGCCACUAUCAUUGGGAUGAUUACAUUCAAUCUCAUAAUCGCCUUCGAGCUUCUGUCUCGCAAACUCGGUGUGGAGAAGGUGGAAUCCUCAGGGUUACCAUAUUAUCCAGUCUAUCUCUUUGGGCCAUAUCGGACGAAGCUGCUAGCCGAAGAAAUGGCCCUUUUGAAGAGCUUGAGGGUAUUCAGUGACUUCACGCGAUAUGAACCCCCAAUUGGAGGUCGUUUUCCGAAAGAAACGUAUGAUAAUAUCAUUUCAGCAAUCCAAACCAUCUUGACAAGCAUGGACCUGAUGGCGCUUGCAACCCGAAAUCUAGAAAGAAUGGCAGGGCAGGGUUCAAUUACAAGCUCAUCAUCCAUGGCUGAUGAGGAGCUACCCGGCGAGAGAAAGAUCCGCGGUGGAAGUACAGCGAAUAGCCAUGAAACGGCUGAAGGACAAAAAUGGAUUCGGAAUCUAGCCCAGGCAGCCAAUUCGCCCGAAUUCAGCUCCGGAGUUAUCACCUCUGUGCUUUACCAUCUAUCAGCGGCCGUGACGAACAGCCUCUGCCUUCCACCAUAUCUGGCCCCUCCGCAUCCUUUCCCAUUGGCGCGCAGAUUACGCAGGAUGAACGAAGACUUGUUGAGAUUCAAGAAUGUUGAAAAUCCCUCCUUUGCCGCUAUAAUCGCGAUUGAGGUUUUGAGCUCUAUGAUGAGUUCAAAUUUAAAAACAUUGAUGACCUUCCUCCCUCCUCCUGCGCCUCGCUAUGUAAAUCCCGUUGCGUACGCUGCCGGUACCUCGAAUGGCCUCCCGGUCCCGAUAAUUGAGGUGAUCAAUGUUAUAAAACAUCCGGAAGGGGGCUGUCCUUUGCAAGUCGGUGAAGGGACGUACGAGCUCAGAGACGAUGUUCACCUUGCUACACCGCCUCCACACCCUUCGGAACCACCGGUGAUAAACCCAAACCCUCUAGCAACUGGGCCGACUCCUCCAACCGUGGGCAUGAAGCUUUCCCUUGUAACGUUAAAGUCGCGCCGGAGUGGAGCUCAGCUAUAUAAAACAAACACUCGAUCGAGCGUGACAUCAGACCUACGGAGCGUUGAUGAGAGUGAUAGUGGUGGCCGCCCAUCUACUGAACCGCAUGCGAACGGAAUCGCUUCACAAGCGCCGCCGUUUGGUGAAGGCAGCCUCCCAUUAGCCAGUAAUGGCGGAAGGGACACAUCGGGAUCGAAGCGCCGAAAACCGAAAAACAACAUUCUAAAAAGCGGUUCUUCCUUCAUCUCUCGAGUUAUCCUUCAAGAUUCUAUGCUAAAGAAGGUAUCCGAACGGAGCCAUGAAAGUCCCUUUGUGUUCGCCAACCUUAACCGCUCUUUCCAGUGGUUGGACUAUUCUCUUCCGUCAAAACAGGACUUUCUGGCAAAGAUCCUUUUCACCAAGGCGCAUAUUCUCAGUCACGAUGUGAACCCGGUAACUAAAAGCAUAAGUCAUAUCGACCUGAUUAUGGGCUCUUCAGCGGGUGACAUCCUAUGGUACGAGCCGCUCUCGCAGAAAUACUCUAGGAUAAACAAGAAUGGAGCGAUAAGGAAUUCCCCCGUAAAUCACAUUAAAUGGAUUCCAGGAUCGGAGAACUUAUUCCUUGCCGCACAUUCCGAUGGAUGUUUGGUGGUAUAUGACAAGGAGAAGGAUGAUGCACCGUUUACACCAGAAGACCCAGAGAAUAAUAUACCCUCACUCAACGAACAGGGCAAUGAAAGCGGUUAUUCAUCCCUAUUCAAGAUUUUGAAGUUGCUCGACUUAUACACAAGCUACUAUGGUGGCAUGAUAUGUGUGUGCUGGUCACCAGACGGAAAAUAUAUCUUAACAGGCGGCCAGGACGAUCUGGUAUCGAUCUGGUCCUUUCCCGAACGUAAGAUUGUUGCACGAUGUCCAGGUCACAACUCCUGGGUGUCGUGUGUCGAAUUCGAUCCAUGGCGAUGCGACGAUCGAACGUACCGGUUUGGUAGUGUAGGUGAUGAUUGCCGACUGCUUCUAUGGGAUUUCAGCGUAGCUAUGCUACAUCGACCUAAAGUGAUCCAAGUGACAGCACGCCAUCGUAACAGUCUACACUCUCCCACCCGGCCGCAUGCAGACAGCCUGACCACACGACAUAUACGCUCUGAUUCCCUUCGGCCAGAGAAGACGGGUGAUGAGAAAGAUCAGACAUCUAUCAUUCACCCGGUCGAGCAGCGGGCGAGAACUGCACAACUGCCCCCGAUCAUGUCUAAAGAAAUUGGGUCUGAUCCUAUCUGUUGGCUUGGCUUUUUGGAAGAUUCGAUCAUGACGUCGUCUCUCGAGGGACAUAUUCGGACCUGGGAUCGACCCAGUGAGCCAUCCAGUGAGCCAAAUGCUUCAGCAGCUGGUUCAUCGGUGGCCGUUGGCUCCCUACCUCGGUCAAUGGAUGGGACACACGACUCGUAA